CCGGCUUUAUUAUUCUUUAAAUGAUAAAGCAGAGAGCUUUAAAUAAAAAAUUCCAAAAGAAAUAAAUAAAUUACACAAAAUAUAGAACAACAACAAAGACAAAAAUGGCACAAAUUAUACAAAUGACAACCGAACAAUUACAACAACUCAUACAGUCCGUCCGAGCUACAGCUACAAGUGGCAGUGAUUCAAAUUCUUCAAAUAUCAUCAAAUCCAAAGGAAAUUUCAGUAAUUGUUGUUCCCGUUUUGGGGGUGAACGUGAUCAUGAAAUUGUCGAGGAAUUUAUUACCUCAAUUGUAACCUACAAAGAGAUAGAAGCGAUAACCGAUGAAGAUGCCUUAAAAAGUAUUUCAUUAUUGUUCCAUGGCAUGGCCUCAACCUGGUGGCAGGGGGUACGUAAAGAGGUGAAAUGUUGGAAUGAUGCUUUAUCUUUGAUACGUGAUCAUUUCUCACCCACCAAACCGGCUUAUCAAAUAUAUGGUGAAAUUUUUGAACAAAAGCAGGAUGAUCGCAAAGCUAUAGAUACCUUUGUGUGUCAAAAGAGAGCCCUAUUGGCCCAACUGCCCGAUGGUAGACAUGAUGAAGAGUGCGAAAUUGAUUUUAUUUAUGGUCUUCUUAAUAUCAAAUAUCGCAAAUAUAUUGCCCGUCAUGAUAUCAAAACAUUUAAAGAUUUAUUGGAAAGAGGUCGUGUGAUAGAGCAAAAUAUGCGUGAAGAUCAAGUUCAAAUGAGACAUCAAGUAAAUUCAGCUAGAGUUCCUAAGAGAUGUACAAAUUGCAAUUAUAGGGGUCAUACUUUUAGAGAAUGUCGUAAACGUAAAAAUACUGAUAAUGCUAGUCAUGGUGAUCCAAAGCGUCGUGCUAAUGCUCCAGAAGAACAAGAAGAAGGAACUAAUCCGAAUUGUAGUAUGUGAACAGUUGAAUGGUUAAUGAACCUAACUGUCCAACACCCUUUCUUUAAUUUUAGUUCAAUUUUUAAACACUUGCAUGUAUUCAUAAGUAUUACCAUUUUAUUUAUAUUUAAUAAUUUAUUAUUAACAAUAAAUAUUAGCAUAAUUUAAAUAUUAAACUUUCAUAACACUUUUAUUUGUAAUUAAUUUAUUUAUAUUAAUCCUACAGAUUUUUAUUUGUUUUUCCAUUCAAACCCUUCAUCUGUAAUUUAAGAUCUAGUUUAACAUAUUAUUUCAAUUAUUAUUAAUGUUUAUUCUUAAGAAAAACACUAUUUUCAGGUCUAA